UCAACAUCCAAACCCUUGAUUGGGCUUCCACAUUGUAGCGGGCGAUCGAAGAGGCAUAUCCGAUACCUCCACCUCCACCUUCAACCCUCCACACUCAUUUCCCGACUCACUCCACCCAUCUUUCGUUUGAGACCGACACGCGCGUCGCAUCGAGACCGAUCGCAUCGCCCGGUUCAUCCAACCUCACCAUGUUCAAGCGAUCGUUCAUCACCCCGAAGGAUCGAGCGGGCAAGGCGAGGAAGAUCUCCAAGCGGUCGUUCCGCGACGACGCCAAGCAGAGACUGCGCGAGCAGCUGAACAACACCGCCAGUCCGGAGACAUCGCCCUCUCUGGGCGGAUGUUCGCCGAAAUUGAACUCUGCGAUUGUCACCAUAGCGGUCGGCAGGGAUCAGCGCUUGUUCGCCGCGCACGAGGAUGUGCUCGCGAGAUCGCCUUGGUUCGCCGAGGCGUGUCGCGCGCAGUUCUUCGAGUCUGCCACCCAGCGCCGCAUCUCACUCCCCGACGAAGAGCCGGAGAUCUUUUCUGCUGUCCUCGAGUUCCUGUACAAGGGCGACUACUACCCGCGUUUGAUGCACGACAGAAAGCGCAACACGUGGUCGCUCGAGGACGCUGCUCAAGAUCUGACAACCACACCAAUCUCCACGUCCCCUCGCGUGGAAUCUCAAGCCAAAAAGACCGGUAGCUCCAACGAGUCGGCAUCCGUCUUUCACCAUGGCGUGAACGAUUUUAUCCUCCGCGAUACUGUCGUCUACUGCACCGCUCUGAAGCUGCAACUCCCCGAACUACAACGUCUUGCUCUUCGUAAGCAGGGUCUGCAGUCCGGGAUUGAUGUGGCCACCAUUCUGCGCAGUGCACGAUUUGCUUAUGCAAACACGCCACCCAGCGACUCUCGCCUGAGAGCGCACUACCUUGCUUUGAUCAUUCGCAGCCGCAAGACCUUUAAGCGUAGCGGUACCAUGCAGAUGGAAAUGGAGAAGGGCGACACGCAGAUGUUCUUUGACUUGUUCGUUGCAAUGUGCAACCACAUCGACGACGUCGUAGAGUUCGGCUCCGGCCGAACCCCCGAUCUUGCCAAGUGAUUGUCCAUCUUGCGAAUGAAUCAAAGCAAACCUAUCCCUCAACUCUCUCCAAAGCAUUGCACACGGAUCGAAUCUCACCUCCCAUCGCCACGAGCCCAAAUUGUCCGCUCGACGACUCGCCACUUUUUUCAAAAUUGCUCGGAAAUUUCCUUCUUGCAUUCGCAGUACGGUUUUCCGGGAACAACGACGGAAAACCUGGCGCUUCUUAGGACAACUUUGGAGCCUGGCUUUGACGGGGGCUCUGUCCUUCUGUUGCAUGCCUUUUACAGAGAAUGGGAAAAGAAAAACAACAAAAACAUCCGCUCUGCUCGCUCGAUCAACUCUGGUCCAUCACGUCCGCACGCCGCUCCGCACAGGAUCUGGUUUCGGAUGGAUGGGCCAGAGCUGAUCGCCACUGCCUUGACGGCAAAAUCUCCUUUCCUUGUCUUGUGUGUGUUGCCGCUUUGAUUUUUGAUUCUUCUUUUCAGCUUUUACCAGCCUGUCGCUUUCCUUUCGCUGCACGCUUGCCUGAUCAGUGAAGGGCACUCUUGCGAGCUGUCAUGUCCACUGGAUUGGACAUGUGCUGCGUAAGAGUGUUUGGCGCAGGGACUGCGGUUUGUCAAAUUGGCCUGACGCUUGGGAUCUUGCGGGACGUGGGGUGUGAAUGAUUAUGAGGUGGUGUAUGUAAUUGGGUUAAAUUGGAACUUGUCGGCCAAA